GACAGCUGGCACUGCCUCUCCGCCUUUAUAUAACCUCAAACAUAAUAUUACAAAAGUAUCCAAUUCCUUUGUAUUCGCCAAGAUUGUUCAAUAAAAAUCACCAUGUCCGAGUUCGAGAACCUGGCCGGCAGCGACAAGGAGCUGCAGGAGUUCCUCAUGAUCGAGAAACAGAAGGCACAGGUCAAUGCUCAGAUUCACGAAUUCAACGAGAUCUGCUGGGAAAAGUGCAUCGGGAAACCGAGCAACAAGCUGGACAGCGCCACCGAGACAUGCCUGAGCAAUUGCGUGGACCGCUUCAUUGACACCUCGCUGCUCAUUACCCAGCGCUUCGCCCAGAUGCUCCAGAAGCACGUCGGCGAAUAGUAGGGAUUCCGGGAGAGCCAGGUGUGCCAGGAACCCAUGGGGCUUCCUCCACAGCAGUCCUACUGUUAAAUCUAUUCUUAAACACUAAAUUUAUCAUGUAAGCCCACACACACAUAUUUUUUUUUGUCGUGACGUGCAAUCUCCAAGCCUCGCCACCUGCCAUGUGCCCGGACAGAAGGAGCAGAGUUUCCAUUAACCGCCUGCUGCCGCCACAUCCGGGACCAAGGAGUGUGCGGGGUGCUAGCACCAGUGCCGGAGGAAUUGAAAGUCCCUGUAACAUAUUUCUAACGUUUCAACGGCACCGACACUCUGAAAAAUACAAAAAAUAAAUUCAAUUUGCGUUGUAUGUUAUCCAA